AUGAACACACAUAGACACCUUCAGUACACCUUAUUCAGUGCAAGGGCUGUAAGCCGCGCCGCACCUAUCGACAAUCCUGUACUGCUCAAUAUAUGGUACCACAAUCUGGCUCUGAGGAAGAUCUUGUAUUCACUGCCGUUGUCGCGUGAUGUGGAGGCCGAUAAGCCCUUGUUUGAGCUACAGAAGCUGUUCGCAAAUCUACAGCUGAGCAGUGAAAGCUUCGUAGAUACGGCUCCCUUACUAGAAAGCCUUCGGCUCAGCAGAGAUGAUCAGCAAGAUGUGCAGGAGUUCUUCUUAUUGUUCCUAGCUACGCUGGAGAAGAAGGUGGAGGCCAUCGACAGGUAUAU